AUGCGGCCUGUUUUGAACGAGACAACGAAUGCUACCAAAAGACUGGAGACAAAGAGUAAGGAAGGGGAAAGUGACAAGGGAAGGGUGCUCCACUUCCUGAAGGGUGUCUACGCAACGACCAGGGACUAUUCGUUGAAGUAUGACCUGAAGAAAUGUAUGGAGAUAAUUGAAGGGAAAGAGAACCAAGAGGUCAUCGACCUUAAGAAUGCGUUGUCUGAAGCUCUUAUAGAGAACGAGACGCUGUUUGCAGAGAAAUGCGAGCUUGCAGUUACUCUGGAAUGUAUGAAAGCAGAAAGAAAGGAGUGA